AUGGACCUCUACGGUGUAGGCCGUCGUGGCCUUCAUCAGAUGGUUGCUCGAUCUAGUGAUAACUCCAAUUCAGCGGCCGGUCUAGUCUGGGUUCUAGUUCCUUCAUUAAUUUCUGCGGUGGCCAUGGUCCUUGUUUUCAUCAUCCUGCGUCGCAGUGAGCGCCGCAUGUAUAUGCCUCGGACGUACGUGGGUAGUUUGCGUCCCUCAGAGCGCACGCCUUCCUCCCCCACCGGUCUGCUGAACUGGGUCAAGUCCAUGUACAAACUGCCUGACGAGUAUGUGCUGCAACAUCACUCCAUGGACGCUUAUUUGCUGCUGCGUUUCCUCAAGUUGAUCACCGUCAUUGCGUUUGUCGGCUGUUGCAUGACGUUCCCGGUCUUGUGGCCCGUCAAUGCCACCGGUGGUGGAGGAGGGCAGCAAUUCGAUAUGCUGAGCAUUGCCAACGUUUCCCACCAAUAUGGUCGUUACUUUGCGCAUGCCUUCAUUGCCUGGUUUUUUGUGAUAUUCAUCUACUUCACCAUCACUCGCGAAUACAUCUUCUACAUCAACCUUCGUCAGGCCUACUCUUUGUGCCCGGCGUAUGCCAAUCGUCUUUCCUCGCGCACUGUGCUCUUCACUGCGGUCACCGAAGACUACCUCAACCGCCACAAGAUCCGCCAAAUCUUCGGUCCGGAGAAGGUGAAGAAUGUCUGGCUCACUACGGACGUGAGCGAACUGGAGGAGAAAGUGGGUGAGCGCGAGGAUGCGGCGAUGAAACUUGAAGCCGCCGAAACCAAACUCAUUGUCUUGGCCAACAAAGCUCGCGCCAAAGAGCUCAAGAAGCAGCAGAAGCAGGGCAACACUGAAGAGGCCCCUGAGAUCGAAUCCGGCGAUGUUGAUUUUGAGGAAUCGGGCUCCGUUGCUGCACGCUGGGGCGUUAAGCAGGCCGACAGGCCCACGCAUCGCCUUAAAAUGUUGAUUGGAAAGAAAGUGGACACUAUCAACUGGGCAAGAGAGGAGAUUGAACGCCUCACCCCAGAGAUUGAAGAGUUGCAAGCCAAACACCGUUCUGGUGAUGCUAAAUUGGUUACCUCUGUGUUUGUCGAGUUCUACCUUCAGUCCGAUGCUCAAGGUGCUUACCAGUCUGUUGCUCAUAACCUGCCUCUCCAUAUGGCUCCGAGGUACAUUGGUCUCGAUCCUACCCAGGUCAUUUGGUCCAACUUGCGCAUCAAGUGGUGGGAGCGAAUUAUCCGAUACACUGUCACGGUUGCAUUCAUUGUCGCCCUGAUUGUCUUCUGGGCUAUCCCUACGGCCGUGGUCGGUGCCAUCUCCAACAUCACCUUCUUGACAGAGAACGUGUUUUUCCUUGCAUGGAUCGACGAUUUGCCGGGCUGGAUCAAGGGUGUGAUCACUGGCCUUGUCCCGACUGUUGCCAUGUCUAUUUUGAUUGCGUUGGUCCCGAUUAUAAUGCGCUUGAUGGCCAAACUGGGUGGUGCCCCCAGUCAAGCGGCGGUUGAACUAACCACGCAGAAUUUCUAUUUUGCGUUCCAGGUGGUCCAGGUGUUCUUGGUCGUGACGCUCACGUCUUCGGCUUCAAGUGCGGCCGGCCAGAUCGUUAACAACCCAACCGAAGCGGCCAAUCUGCUGGCCACUAACCUUCCCAAGUCGUCCAACUUCUACAUCUCGUACAUUGUUCUGCAGGGAUUGUCCUUUAGUUCUGGCGCCUUGUUGCAGAUUGGUGGAUUGAUUGUCGGCAAGAUUCUGGGAAAACUAUUGGAUAGCACGCCCCGUAAGAUGUACACUCGCUGGUCGUCUCUGGCUGGCCUGGGCUGGGGUACCGUCUAUCCCGCGGUUACCCUCCUGGCUGUCAUCGCUAUCACAUACUCGUGCAUCGCGCCCUUGGUCAUGGGAUUUGCCACUAUUGGCUUUUAUCUCUUCUAUUUCGCCUACCGCUACAACAUGCUGUACGUGUCUAAUGCCGAUAUCGACACCCAGGGCAAGGCGUAUGUCCGUGCUUUGCAGCACCUCACAGUGGGCUGCUAUUUGCUGGUGGUCUGCUUGAUCGGUCUGUUUGCCAUCGGAACCGCAGACGAGCGUAUCGCCCUUGGUCCCUUGGUCCUGAUGAUCAUCCUUCUUAUCUUCAUGAUCUUGUACCACAUGUCUCUCAACAAGGCAAUGGACCCUCUCGUCAACUACCUGCCCAAAAACCUGGAAGCCGAGGAGAAGAGCCUUCUUUCCCCCGGUGAGCAAUCGUCCUCUAUGGACGGCAACGGAGCAGCAGUGGACGGCGAUUCCGCCGAGAAGGCCAUUUCGUCUACCGUCGUGUCUGACAACAAGCCUACCAACUUCCUCAUCCGCUACUUGCGUCCCGACAAGUAUGACAGCUAUUACCAGCUCCGCCAGUGGGCACCUAAGGCCGACGAUCUCCCUCCGUAUACUCCUGAUACCGAGGAAAACGCCUACUAUCACCCGUGCAUCAACGCCCAGGCCCCUCUUCUCUGGAUUCCCCGUGAUCCCCUUGGUGUGAGUAAGCAGGAGGUUGAACAUACGAACAAAGUGAUUUCAAUUACCGAUGAGGAUGCUUGGCUUGACGAGAAGAAUGCUCUCCAGUGGGACGUUAACAAAGGCGUUCCUCCGAUUUACAAGGAGAAGAUUUACUAUUAA